AUGAGUACACAACCUGCUCAGCCGAAGUCCAUGCUUCAGCGCAUCGACUUUUCGCGACUACAUGUGGACAUCGAUGCCUAUAUCAACCCAUAUCUCCCGCCUCCACCGUGGCGUCGGCUGCCCCGGCCCGUCUCCCGCUUUUUCGGAUACAGAGAGACUCUCCCUCCGAAACCCUUGGGGAAUCUCGUCGUUGCCUUCUGGGCCUUGAUCGGUGUCUUCUGUGGUGUGCUCAUCGUAGCGGAAGUGUCUGAGCAUGUCCCAUCCUUUCAAGCCCACCAUGCCCCGGUCAUCGUGGCCAGUUUUGGUGCUGCGGCUGUCUUGGAAUUCUCCGCCAUCGAAUCGCCCUUCGCCCAGCCACGGAAUGCCGUUCUCAGCCAGCUUAUUGCUAGUGUCAUUGGGGUCGGCAUCGGCAAGCUCUUCGCGCUCAACGAGAAUGCUCACUCCAUGCCGCAAGUCGGAGGGGCUCUCGCGUGUGCUAUCACCACUGCGAUCAUGACAUUAACGAACACGAUCCACCCUCCUGCUGGUGCGACGGCCCUUCUUGCUGUCACGCAGUCCUAUGAUGUGGGCUGGUACUUGAUCCUCAUCAUGUUUCUGGGAUGUGUGCUCAUGCAAGCGGUCGCCUUGUUCAUCAACAAUAUUCAACGCCGCUUUCCGAUCUAUUGGUGGACGCCGCAGUCUUUGGAGCGGCCCAAACCCGAGGACCCCGAAAGCGCCAGGCAAGUGAAAGAAGGAAAUGCUUCUAUUUCUUCCAACGACACAUUUCCGGGCGCCCCCAUGCAGAUCGUGAUCGAGCGUGGUAGCGUCAUGCUGCCGGAUAAUUUCACGGUCACUGAACAGGAGAUGCUGGCCUUGCGGAGGAUUAGCGAGCGAAUAUAG